AUGCGUGGACGUUUUUUCCUACCGUCGCCGUUGGCGGCUCUCCUUGCUGCUUCACUCUUAUCUAGCCAUGUUAACGCAGGCUUCUGGAGCAAAAAGUCGCUGAUGGGUUCCGGUUCCGAGUCCGGCUCGGGCACAGGCUCAGGUACCGGAUCUGGCACCGGCAGGUUCAGCGCAGCCAACAACAUGAUGUUGAAGAUGGGCGCCUCAACCAUCGACACCCCUGGGGCCCAAUGUACUUGGGAAGACCUCUCCUCAGAGCCCAUCAUCAUAUACCCCCAAGCAGAGGGGAACCGCACAUACAUCGCAUUGGGCAUGCAAUUAUCCAUCAACCUUACCUCGCUCGACCCUCUCGACAUCAUGGCAUCGUCCAAACUCUACAUUUCCUACAUCCAGUCAGGUCUGCAGGUGAGAUCAGCGGAGAACCCCAUGCUGAUCUCCGACAUCAACCCGCUGGUGCCCUUCCAGAUGUCGGGCCAGAGCAGCAACCAGCCGGUGAUGCUCGUCACGCUCCUCUACAUCCAGCCGCACCCCCUGGUUAUCGAGGACAAGUUCUCGCUGGCGUUCAGCGGCAUGGAGAUGGACGAGACCAAGCGCCAGAACUUCAACUUUGAGGACUUCCUCGAAAGCGCAGCCAUCACGAAGCUGCAGGCCACCACGUGGGUCGUCAUCAACGGCACCACCAACGGGGGAGAUGAGAGUAUCGGCGGAGGGGCGGGUGCGACUCCAACCCCGCUACCGACUCCGCUCCCCGGAAACGGCACUGCCGGCGGCAAUGGGACCGCCCCGGUCGUGACCACGAUCACCACCACCGACGCCAAUGGCAACCCCAUCCUCCUAACCUCCACCCUCCCCGCCACCCCGGGAGCGGGCACGCCGGGCGCCGGCGAUGGUGCUGCCGGCGGAACGCCCACGGUGAUAACCACCACCGACGCCAACGGCAACCCCGUGGUGGUGACCUCCACCCCGCCACCCAGCACCCCCGGCGCAGGUGGGCCCGGCGGCGGAGGCGAUGGUUCAGGCGAAUCCGGAGACGGCGGCAGCGGCGCCGGCGGCGGUGGAGGUUCGAUGCAAACCAUCUACACGACCGACGCGGCCGGCAACCCCGUGAUCCUGACCACCGCCCAGGGCGCCGCCACGCCGGGCGCCGGCGAUGGCGCAGCCGGCGGGACUCCCGUGGUGAUCACCACGACAGACGCAAACGGCAACCCCGUCGUGGUCACCUCCACCCCGGCCGCAGGUGAUGCAGGCUCAGGCUCAGACGGCGGUGGCGGUGACGGGGCCGGCGCCGGAACGCCCACGGUGAUCACCACGACAGACGCAAACGGCAACCCCGUCGUGGUAACCUCCACCCCCGGCGCAGCAGCCGGCUCGGGCGGCGGGGAGGCGAACGGUGACCCCGUGAACGCCACCUCCGGGCUGCCCGGCGGCGCAGGCACACCCGGCGCAGGAACCCCCGCACCCGGCGCGGAGACGCCCGGAGGCGCAGCCGCCGGCACGCCGACGGUGAUAACGACGACGGACGCGAACGGCAACCCGAUCCUCCUGACGACGACCCUCCCACCAGACGGCGGGGCGGGGACGCCGACGCCGACGCCGGGAGUGGGCGGCGGCGGGAACGGCACGCUGUGGAAGGCGGUGACGACCAUCGUCGAGGAGGUGACGGUGACGAUAUCCGAGGACACGGGCAGCAUGUUCACGUCGACGAUUACGUUUUUGUCGACCGUCAUGGUGCCGUCCGAGGGCUGUGAGGGUGGGGCCGGUGGCCGCGCGACUGUUACUGCGACCGUUACGGUCGAUCAGGCGGGCGUGCCGGUUGGGACGACGCUGCCUGAGGAGGAGGGUGGGGAAGGUGGUGCUGGCGGGGAAGGCGGAAAUGCGACACCUACUGAGAGUGGUGCCGGUCAAACACCGACUCCGACCCCUGGGGGGUCAGAGGGCGGCGGUGAUGGGGGCUCCGGUAGUGAUGGAGGCUCCGGCGGUGAUGAGGGCUCCGGCGGUGAUGGGGGCUCCGGUGGUGAUGGGGGCUCUGGUGGUGAUGGCUCCGACGGAGGCGAAAAUGGUGGUGGGGAGGACGGGAGUGGUAACGGAGGUGAUGACGGCUCUGGUGAAGGUGGCAGCGGCUCCGGAGACGGCUCCGGCGGUGAAAGCUCCCAAACCGGGGGCGCCGGUAGCACACCUACUCCGACGCCAGGCGACACUCCCUGCGAUGUCUGCGGUGAUGGCGGCGGCGGCUCCGGGGGUGAGAGCUCCCAGCCCGGAGGCGCCGACCCACCCACCCCAACCCCGACACCAGGCGAGAGUCCCUGCGAUGCCUGCGGCGGCGGUGGUGACGGCGGUGACGGCGGCGAUGGUUCUCAGACCGGAGGCGCCGACCCACCCACCCCAACUUCAGAAAAUACCCCUUGCGAUGUCUGUGGUGGCGGCGGCGGGUCAGGUGGUGAGACGUCCCAACCUGGAGACGCCGGUGGCCCACCCACCCCGACGUCGGGCAACACUCCUUGCGAUGUUUGCGGUGGUGGUGGCGGCGGAUCCGGCGGUGAGAGCUCCCAGCCUGGAGGCCCCGGUGGUCAGCCUACCCCAACCCCGGACCCAGGCCAGAGCCCCUGCGAAGUAUGCGGCGGCAGUGGUGACGGUGGUGACGGCGGUGAUGGUGGUGACGGUGGUGACGGUGGUGGCGGAGGAAAUGAUGGCGGGGGCGGCUCUGAAGAAGGGGGGUGUCAGGGCGGCUGUGGUGGUGGCUCCAAUGACGACGGAGGUGGCUCUGAAGGAGGGGGCUCCGAAGGAGGGGGUUGCUCGGGUGGCUGUGGGGGUGACUCUAAUGACGAUGGAGGCGGCUCUGAAGGCGGAGGCGAAGGCGGAGGCGAAGGCGGAGACGAAGGCGGAGACGAAGGCGGAGGCUGCCCAGGUGGUUGUGGAAGUGGUUCCGGCGACGGCGGAGAGGAUGGCGGCGAUGGGUCAUCUGAUGGCGGGAACGGCGGCUGCUCGGGAGGCUGCGGCGACGGAGGUUCCGGCGGUGAUGACGGAGGUUCCGGCGGUGAUGGUUCCCAAACCGGAGGUGCACCCACCCCAACCCCGACGCCGGGCAACAGCCCCUGCGAGGUCUGCGGCGGCGGUGGUGAUGGUGGGGGAGACUCAACAGGCCCCAUCACAACAGGCACCCCGACCGGUCCCGGCGGUGCCAUCGAGACUCUCACCAAGUUGACGGUCCUCUACCCCAUCCCGGCCUGCCCCUGCUCCAAGAACAGCACGUCGACCCCAACCCCCGAUCCGAGCGCCAAAACGAUGCCCGUCAUCGUCUCCUCCGGAGGCAUAAAGGAUGCGCCUCCGAGUGUCAUUACGGCACUGGGGCUUGGUAGCGUCGCAAUCAUUUUCUUUGUUCUCUUGUGA